AUGUCUGGCGAUUUCUUCAUCGACAGCCCGGUCCCGCCGAAGCUGGACCUGACCGGUGCCAGAUCUCGCUUCUACCACUCGCCGCAGCCAGCGUCAGCGACCUCCUCGCUGUCGUUGUGUCGCACUCUCUCGACGCCGCUCAUGAGCAGCUGCAAGCGUGCUCGCUAUGGCUAUGGCGGACUCGAUGACCGGGCUAUCUGGGACCGCCAGUCUCCCGUCUCGCGGAUCUCGAGUCCUGUGCCACUGGCAAACACCGAAUACCUACUGGCAGAGGGAGGUCUGGAUACAGGGCUGUUGACGACGGCAGGGCAGCCGAUACUGGGAUUCUCGUCACAGCGUGAUGGUGACAACGAGGAGUCAGAGCUUGACUACCGGCCCACGAGGUAUCGAAAGACCAGUCGGACAAUGGGGGACGUACCAGUUACACCCUCAAAUAUUGAAGGAACAAAACGGAAACGGGACUCCCCGGUUCCCCAGGGCGAUGACACCGGCGUGAAAAGUUCUCCAGGCUGGGGUGAGGCAGUCCUCAACCUCGUUGGAGGCGUUGCUGGGAAAGUGUGGAAUUUCUGCGUGUCAGCUCCCUUCCGAGGGUUUCACGCCGGCGGAGGCAUAGGGUACGAUAUGGACGGUUCCACAGCAACGGUACCACCAAGCAAGAAAAGGGAGAGGCCCUCUCUGUCACAACGGAGACGCUCAAGCCGUUUGAUGGACGAUAUACCAGUGCCUGGCCGUUAUCCGGUAGACGAGCACUAUCACAUCGACAAGCCGCGCCGGGAAGAUAUACACAACAACUGGGUUCUCGUUAAGGAAGACGAGGAUUCUCGGGAGAUCAGCCCAUCUUGCAGCUCCAAGAAGCAUGCUCGCCGGAACAGCGUUGCCCGCCAUGUCCCUGCACGCCGCUCCGGUGCCAGAGUACAGUCCAAGCGGCCCAUGACACCUCUUACACCAACACGUUCCACCAACCUCUCUCCGCAUAUCUACUCUCCUUCAUCUGCAUCAUCGGUCUACAAGACGCCACCAAAGCACACUACGGUGUCAAACCCCAACGAAACCCCGUUGUCACGAGAGACUCAGAGACAUGCCGCCAAACUGAGGCGCAAGGAACGUGAAGAAGAUGCCAGCAUACGCAGGCUGAACCACCAGCUGAAGGCCAUGAUCAGAGAAGGGAGACAGGCCCUGGGAACUCGGAUUGAGGUUGACGAAAUGGACAUUGAUGAAUGGGAUUGA